AUGGAUACGGCCCUGGACUUCCUUAUUCCUAGAAAGAAGCAUCACAGAGCAUUAUGUACUGUACCCGAUGCGAAGGAGCGCAUCACGAGGAAAAUAAGAGCGAUCAAAGUAGAAAUUGACCGCGCCAACGUCUAUGAACAAGGGCUGCGAAAUAGUCGAGGAAACUCACAGCCGCGAAUUUCCUCGUUGUCUCGCAUGAGGCCUUCCUCAACCAGCUCAGCCGCGGGCAAGUUCUUGAAACCGGGAAUGUGUGUGCCGAUCACAUCUGAGCGAUUCAUGUGA